AAUUCAUUUGGCAUUUUUGCUUUUUUCUCUCUGUUCUUCUUCUUCUCCAUUUCCUUCUUCUGUACGUUUUUGUUUUCUCUCUCUUAGGGUUUCGCAGUGAAACAAUGGCUGAAGAGGCACUUAAUGGAGGAGGAGCUGAGAAGGAAGCAACUCAAGUUCCCGUCGUUUUCACGGCGGUGAAGCCGCAGCUGUUCGUGAAAGCACCAAAAGCUAAAGACACCGUGCAGUUCUACAAAAAUGCUUUCGGUGCUGAGGAGGUUGGACGUGUGAACCACCCUAAGAGGAAAGCCGAGCAGGAGAUACCACUUAUCCUCUUUGUUGAACUCAAGCUUGGUUCAUUUUCUUUCAUUGUCUCUGACCUUAUUGAUGAGGACACUUCUGCUCCUGUGAAGACUGCUUCGACUGGAUGUGUUUUCUGCUUGGAGACUGAGGAUGUCAAUGCUGCUGUAGCCAAGGCUAUCGGUGCUGGUGCUGUUGCUGAAUCUAAAUCAGAAGAUGGUGGUGCUGAUGGUGCCUGUUGUCGUGGUGGUGUAGGAAGAAAGCUGACGGAUCCUUAUGGCCAUAUCUGGUUGAUCUGCUCACCAGUGAAGGAAUGCGAGUAAUUGUCCAUUGCUAAUUACACUCUCUUGUUUAGUUCCUUUUAUCUUUUAUUGCUUUCAAUCAAAUUCCGGUUUUGUAAUACCGAUGAAGAAACUUUCGUAUCAACUCUAGCUAGGUGUUAAUGGUGGUUUAACUGUUUUGUGGGAGAUCGAUGUCCAUUGUUGAUUUUGAACAGUGAAAACUUUUGUCUGUAGUUAAUCUGACACCACCUUCUUUUCUAGUAGAUGAUGAUUUCUGCUUA